AUGCUUAACAAACUGAACGAAUUCUACUCCUGUAUAAUACCAACAAAAGAAAUUAUAAUGGCUGGAAUAGACGAAGCUGGAAGAGGACCAGUUGUAGGCCCAAUGGUCUAUGGGCUCUACGUAGCCUCUGAAAAUGAGAUAUCACACUACAAAGAUUCCAAACUUCUAACACCGGUUGCCAGAGAACACUUUUUCAAAAAUAUGAGAAACUAUUCGUGCUACAAAAUACAUCCAGCAUAUAUUUCAUCACACAUGGAAGCAGGCUCAAUGAACUUGAAUGAAAUAGCCAAGGAAGCUGUCAUUUACUUACUCAAAGAUCUUGUCUCAAAGUGUCCAAAUGUAAAAACCGUAUAUAUUGAUGGAUUGGGAAAUAAUGAAGAAUAUAAAAAAACACUAAAGAAGUACUUUAGCCUAAAUUUUGUGAUUGAAAAUAAAGCCGAUUCAAAAUAUCAGGUUGUAAGUGGUGCAAGCAUUGUUGCCAAGGUUGUAAGAGAUGCAAGUGUUGCACGGUACAACUGCGGUAGUGGAUAUACAAGCGAUCCCAUUACAAAGGAGUGGCUUAAAUCCAAGUAUAAUAAAUUUUUAGGCUUUCCAGACUAUGUGAGACAUAGUUGGUCAACGGUUAAAGAUAUGCUACCAUCAAAAAAAUCAAGGAAGCUUCAAAAAGAAUUUCAUGGAUUUUACAGUGGAUCAAACUAA